GGAGAGAGAGAGAGAGGAGUGGAAGGGAGGGAUGGGUUGGAUCACGAGGUUCGUAGUGGUCGUGGCCUUCCUUGCGGCAGGCGCCGUGUUCUUGCCGGAGAGCUCGAGUUCCGACGCCGACGGCGCUCUCGUCGUCUCCCUCAAGCUGGGCCACCUUUUGUGCUUCGCCACCGCUUGGGGUGCCGCUCUCUGGGCCACCUUCAUCGGUGGCAUCAUCAUGUUCAAGAACUUGCCGAGGCACCAGUUUGGGAACCUUCAGAGCAAAAUGUUUCCAGCGUACUUUUCUUUGAUUGCUGUCUGCAAUGCCAUCUCGAUAAUGGCAUUCUCAUACUUGCAUCCAUGGAGGAAUUCUACUUCGACAGAGAAGCUUCAGCUGGGAUUCUUGGCUUCGUCCAUGCUGUUUAACCUCUCAAACUUGUUCAUCUUCACACCGAUGACAAUAAAUAUGAUGAAACGGCGGCACAAAGUGGAAAGGGAAGCAAAUAUUGGUGAAGAGAUCGGGUGGUCGAAGAAUGUGGAAGUGGCAAAGGCCAACCCACAGCUAGCAGCUAUGAACAAGAAAUUUGGUAUGAUCCAUGGAUUAUCAUCACUAGCAAAUAUCUUUUCCUUUGGGAGCCUUGCCUUGCACUCAUGGUACUUGGCUGGCAAGCUUCUCCUGUAGAUUAGCCAUGUUUACGAGAAAUUUGUCACCUUUGCACCUAACGAAGCAAAUGUUCCUCGGCAACUUGCAUGUUAUGCUUCAGUUGUGAUUUGUGAAACAAUUCUGCUGUGACUGAGAUGAAGAAUGUAUAAUGAACUAUUUUUCUGGGUGCA